AUGUCUGACGCAGUGAAUAAAUUCCCAGUCAAGGCAGUGCCGCCUGGUGCGUGGGAUACGCAUCAUCAUAUCUUCGAGCCCGAUCGCUUUCCUUUCGCUGCUGGACGGCAUUUUACUCCGGCGCGUGCGUCUCUGGAACAGCUGCGAGACUUCGAGAAGUCUAUCGGUGUCGAGCACGUCUGCAUCGCGCACGGGUUGUCUUAUGGAGCGGAUUGCACUUCUCUGCUCUACUAUCUUGGUCAAUUUGGUGGCACGGCCCGCGGGAUUUGUGUCCUGGAUCUUGACACCGUCACGGAUGAGCUCCUGAAUACGUAUCAUGAGGCCGGGGUUCGCUCAGUUCGCCUGGACUUUUUCCGCCACCAGGCCAUGAACGAUGUCAAGAUUCAGACCAGCUUGAUUGAGGCCACUGCUCGACGACUGGCGCAGUGGGGUCGCCCGGGUUGGAGCAUCCAGAUCCAGCAACCACAUCUCCAUUUCUGGCACGAACUCCGAAAGAUAAUCAACGACAGUCCGAUCCCAGUUGUUGUCGACCACUUUGCACUGAUUGAAGGGAGCAGCUACCGCGCCGAUGACGAGAAUACUGACAUUCAGAAUUGCUCCUACCUUACUGAGAAGGAACAGCUAGGACUCCAGGAGCUCUGCAAGACGCUCAGAGAAGGGAAUUUGUGGAUCAAGCUUUCUGCGCCAAACCGCUGCUCGAAUAUGGCUCCCAGUUUUCAGGAUUUGCGCUGGUUGGUCAGACUUUUCGUCGAUGCCAAUUCGAAGCGGGUAGUUUGGGGCAGUGACUGGCCUCAUACUCAACGUCACAAAGACCGCAUCGGGAAAGAAGCUUCGAGCGAGGAGGCAUUCCUCAAGGUGGAUGACAAGGGCUGGAUUGAAUCCCUGGGUCAAUGGAUGUCCGAAGAAGAGUGGCGGGCGCUUUGGGUUGGCAAUCCGGCGACCUUGUACGAUUAUUAA